CAAAAAAGUGGUGGCUCACACAACAACCCCAGAGCCACCACUUGAGCCAGGUAAACAAGGAUGGACGGUGUCCCUCUGAGGAUCCCACAGUGUGCCUCACAGGAAGUGGAAGACGACAUGGAGGUUAUUGUCCCUGAUUAUCUGAACACACUGCAGGACACAGAGUAUGGGUUCAGUCUGGAGAACUGGGUUCUUGCCGGGCUGCAGAGCGGCUUCAUUGGCCAGCAGAGUCCUCCACUCUGCUCCCCGUCCCGCCUGCAGCCGUCCUGCCCCCCCUACUGGAUGAUGUUCAGCAGCCCCCAGCAGAGCCGCCUGGCCAGCCGCCACUGCUCCGACUUCUGGGAGCCUACCCCUCGCCCGCGCUCCCACAGCCUCAACCCCGUCUUCCUGCGCAGCAAGAUGGCUGUCUCAGACUCGGAGGAUGAUGAAGAGGGCGGUGCCUGCUCUGUUGGAGGGCGUCCUGCUGCUCCAGGUGGGAGGAGUCGGAGGAGAGCACAGGCCUUCGUCCCUGACCUGCUGAACCCCCCCUCCUGCCUCAGCAGCCUGCCGCACCAGCGCAGGAAGAACCUCCGGCAGUGCUCCCUGUCAGUGCUGGACACACCCAAACAGCACAAUGCCAACACAGACAGCAGACCCCACAGCCACCGGACCCCCACCACCAGAGCCAACACAGUGGACCGCCUGCCCAGCUUCUACAGCCACAGGACCACAUACACGCGGCUCAGUCCAGACUCCUGCAGAGAAUCCUCUCCUGGCUGGGACUGGUCUGCAGACCUGCUGUCAGCUCUGAGCCCAGAGGAGAGGGAGCUGCUUGGGGCCGUCACUGCCCGGGGUUACCCCCUCCGUACCGCCAUCAUGGCCCUGCAGAGGACGGGCCGGCAGACCCCAGAUCAGAUCCUGAGCUACCUGCUGGCCUGUGACCACCUGUGUCAGCUGGGUUAUGAUAAGAGUCUGGUGGAAGAAGCUCUGGAGAUGUUUCAAAACUCUGAGACAAAGGCCGAGGAGUUCCUUCACCUGCUGAGUCAGUUCAACGAGAUGGGCUUCCAGCAGAACGCCAUCAAAGAGGUGCUGCUGGUCCAUGACAACCACCGGGAGCGCGCCCUGGAGGAGCUGAUGAUGCGCGUGGCCUGACAGAAGAUCUACACACACUCCAUAUCUCAACUGAAACCAAAAAUCCGCUGCAGGAAUAAAUAUCAAGUCCAGUUGAUAAGCACACAGAGAAUAACCCACAGUAUUAUAUCUGGACCUGGCCAAAAGUACAUUCACUGCAUUAUACUGUGUACAAUGAUGAUGAUGAUGAUGAUGAUGAUGAUGAUGAUGAUGAUGAUGAGGAAGAUGAUCCCAUAUUGCACCCUUUCAGUCCUGUGUUUAUUAUGUGAACAUGUGAAAGUAUUCUCAUGCGACCUGAGUAGUUUGUA